AUGAAUAUGAUGCGAAGGCUUAAGAGCAUUGCCUCGGGUCGGACCUCUGUUUCAUCGGAGCCUGGCGUGGAUUCUAUUACAAAGAGAGCAAAGGUUGACCAAGAAACUGAGAAGAAGGCUAAUAAACAGUCAAAUACUGUUGAGAAAAGUGCCACCAGUCUAGAGCAGCAUACUGUUCCAACAUCACUGGAAACUGUUGCAAGCACAUCUGAUGUAUCUUCAAUAGCUAAGACAGAGGCCAAAGAAGAAAAGUCAAGUUAUGAUCAGCUUCCCAAAGAAAUGAAUGAAAUGAAAAUUAGAGAUGAGAAGGCCAACAACAAUGAUGAAAAGGAUAUGGAAGAAACUGUUAUAAAUGGUAAUGGAACAGAAACUGGUCAUAUAAUUGCAACAACAGUAGGAGGCCGGAAUGGACAACCUAAACAGACAAUUUCAUAUAUGGCAGAGCGUGUAGUUGGCACUGGUUCAUUUGGAGUUGUCUUUCAGGCUAAAUGUCUGGAAACAAGUGACGCAGUUGCAAUAAAAAAGGUGCUGCAGGAUAAAAGAUAUAAAAAUAGAGAACUUCAAAUUAUGCGUUUACUCGACCAUCCUAACGUCGUCCAGUUGAAGCAUUGCUUCUUUUCAACUACUGACAAAGAUGAGCUGUACCUUAACCUUGUCCUUGAGUAUAUAUCUGAAACUGUUUACCGAGUUUCAAAGCAUUAUAUCAGGAUGAACCAACAUAUUCCCAUUAUUUAUGUGCAGUUGUAUACAUACCAGAUUUGUCGCGCAUUAAAUUAUUUACACCAUGUUAUUGGUGUGUGUCAUCGUGACAUUAAGCCACAAAAUUUGCUGGUGAAUCCCCACACGCAUCAGCUAAAGAUAUGUGAUUUUGGGAGUGCAAAGAUGUUGGUGCCAGGUGAAUCCAACAUAUCAUACAUUUGUUCACGAUAUUAUAGGGCUCCAGAACUUAUAUUUGGGGCUACAGAAUAUACCACUGCAAUUGAUAUGUGGUCUGUUGGUUGCGUAUUUGCUGAGCUUCUUCUUGGACAGCCACUGUUUCCCGGGGAGAGUGGUGUUGAUCAGCUGGUGGAGAUUAUAAAGAUUCUUGGGACACCAACCAGAGAAGAAAUAAAGUGCAUGAAUCCGAAUUACACUGAGUUUAAGUUCCCUCAGAUCAAGGCUCACCCAUGGCACAAGAUAUUUCACAAGCGAAUGCCCCCUGAAGCAGUGGAUCUUGUGUCAAGGCUGCUCCAGUACUCACCAAAUCUACGUUGCACAGCUUUGGAGGCAUGUGCUCACCCCUUCUUUGAUGAUUUGAGAGACCCAAAUGUAAGCUUGCCCAAUGGACGAGCAUUACCUCCUUUGUUCGAUUUCACGGCUCAAGAGUUGGCGGGCGCUUCCACUGAACUCCGACAUCGUCUAAUCCCUGAGCAUGCUAGGAAUUAA